AUGUUGUAUAUGUGGGAGAUAACCAUGAUAUGGACCUGCUUCAGUCGAUUCCCAAACGACCACAUACUACUGAAGGCGACGAUCUGGGCGUUGCUCGCCGUGGAUACGGUCGGAGUGGCGGCCACCAACGCGACCGCGUAUUUGUACGUUGUCACGCAUUGGGGCGACCUGGUGGGCAUAUCGAAAGAAUACUGGUCAUACCCUCUGUACUGCGUCGCCACUGCGUUCUCGGCGCUCAUCGUCCAGUCGUUCCUUAUAUUCCGAUUCUGGAACCUCUCUAAGAAUCACAUUCUGACCGCUCUCAUUUGGUGUAUCAGCUGGGCUGCUUGGGUCGCGGGCAUCUACACGUCUGCGCUUCUUGUAAAAUUUCCGUUCCUCACUCAGCGGGACAAAUUUGUUACACCUGUGGCCGUGUGGUUCGGAUGCUCCACGGCUUGCGAUCUGGCUAUCACUCUUAGCCUCGUCUGGCAGCUGCGGAAGGUCAAGACGCCGUUCGCAUCCACGCAAACGUUGAUCUCGCGUCUCACGAACAUGGCGAUACGCACGGGAUGUGUGACUAGCUUCUUUGCGCUGCUGAUCCUCGCGCUUUACGCCCAAGACCCGGCCGGCAGUAUCGCUGUGGCCUUCAACUCGUGCUUCGGUCGUAUCUACGCCCUCACCAUGAUGUACAACCUCAACACGCGCGACUCCAUCCGCCGCGCCGGUGCCAGCAGGAGCGGCGGGACGAGUGGGCAGAACGUCACAAACGGCAACGCCGCGAUCGAUCUGAGCAACAUCCGUGUAGACACUCAGGUUGUCUCCGAUUACGGCCGUCCGAGCAAAAAUGGUCCUACCUAUUAUCCUGACCAGAACACCAUCGGCGACGACCGCAGCUUCGGUUCGGAGCGGACGGCCAAGGCUGUUUGA